AUGGUGAGAACCGUGAAGAGCCACCGCGAAGACGACGACGUUGACGAUGAGGAGUUCGGUUCCUCCACUCCAGAUGUUACCUCUCAGAAAGUGAAAUUGGGAGGGAAGACUAACGAUGAUCAAAAGGUGAAUGCGUUGCGGUCGAAGCAUUCCGAGACGGAGCAACGGCGGAGGAGCAAAAUUAAUGAGAGAUUCCAAGUUUUAAGAGAUCUUAUUCCUGAGAAUGAUCAGAAGAGGGAUAAAGCUUCAUUUUUGCUGGAGGUUAUUCAGUACAUACAUUUUCUACAGGAGAAGAUACAAAUGUAUGAAGGAACAUAUCAAGACUGGAAUUCCGAGCCAUCAAAGCUAACACCAUGGAGAAGCGAUUCUGGGCUGGUGGACAAUUUAGUUGAUCCCCUGCAAGUUGCAAGAAAUGGCUCUAGUGAUGGUGGCAUGAUUGCCACCCUUAUGCAUGCUAAUGCACAGACCUCGAUGGAAUCUGAAUUGAGUGGACCUCCUUUGUGUGGAGGAAAUGACAAUUCACAAGGAUCUGGCAACCACGAAAGCUCUUUGAACAUGUCUGUACAACAACCAAACUUGUCUGAUGUUGAAUAUUCUCAGCCUGCUCGGGCAUCUUUUCCUGACCCUGAACCUUUGGCUUCCCAGUCCCCUUCUGACUACUGGUGUGUUAAACCUUGUGCAUCUGAAUGUGCUCUUCCAAGUGACAAUGCUUGUCAACAGGAACAGCUGAAAUCAGAAAGUGGUAUCAACCGCACCUCCAAUGAUUACUCUCAAGGGUUAUUGAAGACUUUAACCCAUGCCCUGCAAUCCUCAGGAGUGGAUUUAUCACACACCAAAAUUUCUGUACAAUUGGAUGUUGGCAAGAGGACAAAUGGAUCAGCUGGUACAACUCUUGGUACAGAGGAUUCUUUUAGCUUCCAGCAAAUGGCUGGCCGCAACUGUAAUGUUUAUAAUUAUGAUCGUCCAAGUAAAAAGCCAAGAAGCGAUGGGAGUUAG